AUGACUUCCCUACCUUUGCCUCUCCCCGUCGCUGUUCCAGCUGCGGCUGCGCUGGCCGCCUACGCCAACGCCAAAUACCUGCUUUCAUACGAUUGGGAUCUCGUGAGCUCGGUCGCCCCGGCUCUGGUUCAAAAGGCUUGGUGGAUGAGACGUGGGCGCAUCAACUUCUUUUACCGCCUUGAGGACCUCGCCACCGCCAAAUCCUCCGCCAACCGCGCCUUUCUGCGCUUCGAGGACAGAGUUCACACCUACGCCCAGGCUUAUGACACGGUACUUCGCUAUGCAACAUGGCUGAAGGAGCGGCGCGGUGUCAAGAAGGGUGAAUUGGUUGCCCUGGACUUCCAAAACACCGAUACCUUCAUCUUUCUUAUUUUCGCCCUCUGGUCGCUUGGCGCUGUGCCCGCUCUGAUCAACUAUAACUUGACGGGCAAACCGCUGGCGCACUGCGUGAAGAAAGCAACCACCCGCCUGGUGCUGAUCGACCCCACUGUCGCUGAUAACGUCGGGGAGGAUGUUCGAUCGGAGUUAAGCGAUGUGACAUUUGAGGUUGUCACGCCGGAGCUAGAGGUUCAGAUGCUGUCGCACGACGCGACCCGGCCGCCGGAUGAGUUCCGUAGCGAUGCUGUGGGAACCACCAUGGGUCUCCUGAUUUACACGAGCGGCACCACAGGGCUUCCUAAGGCGGCCAUUGUGUCUUGGGACAAAAUUGCGGUGGUAGGCGGGUUUACGUCUCGCUGGGCGGGGACGAAGAAGAGUGACGUUUUCUACACAGCCAUGCCGCUUUAUCACAGUACCGCCAUGCUACUCGGAUUCUCCAACACGCUCUCUGCCGGUGCCACCUUCGCGAUGAGCCGGAAGUUCUCGACAAGCGGAUUCUGGGAUGACGUGCGGAAGCAUAACGCCAACAUCAUCCAGUACGUCGGCGAGACGUGCCGUUACCUGCUUUCGGCACCUGCCCGCAUCGACCCCGCGACGGGCGAGAACCUCGACCGCAAGCACAACGUCCGCAUUGCCUUUGGGAACGGUCUACGCCCAGACGUGUGGAACAAGUUCAAGGAACGCUUCGGCAUUGAGACCAUCGCCGAGUUCUACGGUGCCACGGAGGGCAGUUUUGCCACCUGGAACAUCAGCCGCAACGACUUCAGCAUGGGGGCCGUCGGCCGCGCUGGAUCGAUCUACAACCUCGCCGUCGGCCGCUCGAUCGCGAUCGCCGAGGUCGACCACGAGACGGAGCUCCCGUACCGCGACCCGAAGACUGGCCUCUGCCGCCGUGUCGCCCGCGGCGAGCCCGGCGAACUACUAUUUACCCUUCCGGCCGAGGAUGUCGAGUCGCGGUUCCAGGGGUACUACGGCGACAAGGAGGCCACGGGCAAGAAGAUCAUGCGCGAUGUGUUCAGCAAGGGCGACGCAUGGUUCCGCACGGGCGAUAUCGUGCGGUGGGAUUCAGAAAACCGCGUUUACUUUAACGACCGCAUCGGCGACACCUUCCGCUGGAAGAGCGAGAACGUGUCCACUGCCGAGGUGGCUCAGGUUGUUGGCUUGCACCCGAGCGUCCUGGAGUCCAACGUGUACGGCGUCGAGCUGCCGCGCCACGAGGGCCGCGCGGGGUGUGCCGCCGUCUUGUUCCGCCCCGCUGCAUUGGUUGGUGGUGCUGAGGGCGCACCGCCGAGCGAGGAGACCUUGAAGACGCUGGCGAAGCAUGUGCGCAAGGGUCUGCCUAAGUAUGCGCUGCCAUUGUUCCUACGGGUCGUGCAUGGCGGCAGCUUGCAGACCACGGGAACGAACAAGCAGCAGAAGACGAGCCUGCGUAGUGAAGGCGUGGAGCCCGGCAAGACUGGGCUGGAUGAGGUGUACUGGCUAAAGGGCGAUUCCUAUGUUAGGUUUACGACCGAGGACUGGGGAGCGCUACAGGGCGGGAAGGUCAAGCUCUAA